AUCAGAAGAAGAAGAAAACGUGACGUAGAAUAAAAACACGUGCAAACUUCCGGACGAUCCGCGAGUUCACGUGAAAUCUGCGGCUUCUGGUUCAGAGUCAGAAACAUGGAGGACGUGAUCCCGCUGCCGGAGCCGAGCGGAGCGAGGAAGAGAGGCCGAGCGAAGAAGAGGGACCCGAGGCAGGAGGAGGAGAAGCGGCGGAGGAACGUGAACAGCGUGUCGGGGCUGCGGGAGGAGGACGCCUCGGUGCGGGUCCUGGAGGAGCUGCUGUUCGGGGCAGAGGACGAGCUGCGGGGCCGAAUCCUGGAGGAGGACGAAGAGGCGACUGAACGUCUGGAGGACGAAGAUGUUGAGUCUGAGGAGGACGAGGACGAGGCUCAUCUGCAGCGCCAACCAACCAGAGAGGCCGCCUGGGUGGACGAAGAUGACGAGCUGGAGGAAGAGGUGGACAUGAAGCAUCGUUACCGUAAAGACCUGAUGAAAGGAGACGCUGAGUCGAUCAUGACCAAACACAAACUUCAGCAGAGGAUGAGGGAGCAGUUUCAGAAAUCGAUGGGCGGAGCUCCGUCAUGGGCUGAGAGCAGCAGCAGGAAGAAGAAGAUGAAGAUGAACGCUGAGGAUGAUGAAGACAAUGAUGAUGAAGAGGAGGAUGACCUGCUGAGGAGGACAGGAAACUUUGUGGCGUCUUCAGAGCGUUUGCCCAGCGGCAUUCUGAGAAUGAAGAAGUGUCUUCCUGCCAACAGCGCUCGUCCAUCUGAGGACAGACUGACCACCGUCCAGUUCCACCCCUCCGCUCAGGUCAUCAUGACAGCUGGCCUCGACCAAUCAGUGUCCCUCUUUCAGGUGGAUGGGAAAACAAACCCAAAGAUCCAGAGCAUCCACCUGGAGCGUUUCCCCGUCCACAGAGCGCAGUUCAGUACGGACGGGGAGACGGUGAUCGCCACCGGUGUGAGGAACAAGAUGUUCUACUUGUACGACAUGAUGGAGGGCCGGGUCACACCUGUCCACACUGUCAGAGGUCUGAAUGAAAACAGAGUGAAGGAGUUCUCAGUUUGUCCUGAAGGAGGCGCUCUGCUGCUCACUGGGACUCGUGGGUACCUGCACCUCCUCACACUCAAGACUAAGGAGGUAGUUUGCAGUAUGAAGAUUAACGGUGAUGUCAGCGGCGUCGCCUUCUCCCACAACGGCAGCAAAGUCUUCGUCAACUCAGAGGAGGGGGAGGUGUAUGUGUGGGAUGUGCGCAGCAGUCGUUGUCUGAACAAGUUCACAGAUGACGGCUGUGUGAAGGGGACGUCCAUUGCUGCAUCUCGUAACGGGCAGUACCUGGCCUGUGGCUCUCAGUCUGGCGUGGUCAACGUCUAUUCUCAGGAGGCGUGUCUUAACUCAGCCAAUCCAAAGCCUCUGAAGGCGGUGAUGAACCUGUUGACCUCAGCGACCUCCCUAACCUUCAACCCCACCUCUGAGAUUCUGGCCAUCGCCUCCCGAGCCGAGGACGAGGCCGUAAAGCUGGUCCACCUGUCCAGCCUCAGCAUCUUCUCUAACUUCCCCGUCUCCAAGAGGAACAUUGUUUAUCGAGCAAGCUGCCUGGACUUCUCCCCACAUAGUGGCUUCUUCUCAUUGGCUAACAACAAAGGACACGCCCCCCUCUUCCGGUUGUUGCAUUACAAAGACUUCUGAGAAACUAUUUACACAAACUCUGAAAAAUCUCUGCGCCGACGACGAGGUGAGGAUGAUGAAGAUGAGCUGGUGAAGAUGAGAUGGGACUGAGGUAGUUUAUAGAAGAAGUGAAAUAAUUGUUCAUGUGUGUUUUUAUUAUUUGUAUAAAAACUAAAUCAGUUCAAC